AAAUCAUAGAGAUAGGAUUUUAUUUAAGUUGAGUUGGUAAAAUAGAAAUUUUAUUUAAGUUGUGCAUGUUAGGGUAAACAAAGAAAGCACCUCUAGCUAGGAACUCAAAAACGAUGGCGGCUCCUCAACUCGGAUGUGUUUUGCUUUUGGAAACUCAACUCAAAGGUUGGCAAAAGACAUUACAUAAAAUAUUGGAAGGCAUUGGAGGUUUAGGGUGCUCCAUCGAUGCACCCGACUGGUGGCCACAUAGCGAAGCUAAUCCUAUGAUGUCCACUAAGAAGUUGAUGUAUUUACGUGGCGAAGUUGAUCCUGUGGUCUUCAUUAAAAAGUUAUUUAAAGCGAAGAGUUACGCUAUGCUCUACAGGAUUGAUUAUGGUUAUGAAGAGAAUCCAGAAGGCAUCCGGAAGCCUAAUAAUCAUUUUCUGAAAUUUAGAUUCGAGAUAGAUAUGUUAGAAGGAAGUUGGUACAAGAAAAUCAUAGGAGCUUUAAAGACCAUCCAAGGUGUAUCAUUUACCAUAGAUGCACCAAGUCAGAUGGUAUAUAUGUGUGGGAACAUUGAAGAAGGUUUGCUCCUGAAGAUGUUAACGAAGACGGGCAUUCAAAUAUUGGGAAUGGACUAUGGUAAUUUGAAGCCACCUCCCAAGAAAGCUGAGGCUCAAAUAUCAGAUGGAACCGAGACACAACCCAAAAAAGACACAGAGCCUCCUCCUACUGAGAUUGGUGUUAGUACAUCAACGAAACACCAAGCCAAAAACAAGAAACCUCGUGGUUUUAAUUUUUUUUGUUGUUCAUGAAUCAUGUCGUCAUUAAAACAAAGUAUUCUUGGUUGAGCUGUUUUUUACUGAAAAUGGCAUAGAACUCAAAAGAUUAGCUGGAUAAUUUAAUACCUUUGGCAGCUGAUGAUUUUUUUCUUAUUGUGAAAGUUUGUUAUGUAUUCUUGGCUCCACAGCCGGACCUGUGAUUU